AUUUCUGAAACAUUUUCAGCUUUGCUUCUUUGUUUCAUUUUGUGCUCUGGCCAAAAUGUAACCCACUCCAAUGACAGCCAAGAAGCCAUCAAAGUAAAGGUCCUGCUUCAGGCUUCAGCUAGUUCCACUACCACAACAACGGAAAAGCCAAAGGUCAGUCCCACUGCCAAGACAUUUAAGCAGGGCCAGGAAAUCGAAGAAGAGGAGUACAAUUUCCUCACCGAUCGCCUGCCCGAGCUGAGUGAAGAUGAGUUCAAUAACUUGAGCGAAGAUGCCAACCCGUUGCACUUCCUCAAGCAGCUACCUAUGGAGAGAGAUAAUCACCAGCUGCAGGAACCAGAAGUCCAAGUUCAGCCUAAGCCAGAAGUCCAGGUCCAGCCAAAACCAGAAGUAGAAGCUGAUCCUAAGCCGCAAACCACUGCCCCUGUGAUCUCAUCACAGCCAAGUGGCUCCCCUAUUUACAUCACUAUUCCCAUUUACAUCAGCACCGCGGGAAAACUGCCAUUGACCCUGACCAUUGGCGACCAGGAGCUGUCCUUGAACAAGGUACGAAGGAAUGGAAACUCAGCUCUAGGCAGGAAACCACCGUCCACCAAGGCACCCAAUUCACACUACAACCGUCUGCUUGAACCGCCCAAGAGGCGGACCACAAAUCGUCAUCGCAGUCAGCUCAAGAGCCACAUUUAUGCCAUCAAGGAUCGCCAGGAUUCCAUGUUCAAACCGAAGCAAUGAGGAUUUUGAAUUAUAAAUUAUGGCAUUUAAUUUUUUCUAAUUAAUAAUAAAUAAAUGAAAAUAAAUAGAUGUUAUGGAACUUUGUGAACAGACUAGACAGCAUUGCU